GUCUCCCCUCUUUCUCUCUCCUUCAUUAAAUCUCUUUAUAAACCUCAUUUCUGCACAAACUUAACAAACCCAGAAGAAUUUAAAACCACCAUGGAUGAAUACAGAUGGAAUUACCAUGUACCAGCAUUUGGAAGCUGGGAUUAUGGAGAUGAUGAUCUGCCUUAUACGCAGUGUUUUGAAAGUGCAAGAUCACAACCUGCAUUUGCUCGUUUUGCUGCUUACUCUGAUACAGCUGAUGUUGAAGACAGAGAUUUGUAUGUCACUGGUGAUUUAUAUCAAAACGACGUCGUGACUCCUACUGUCAUUCUCGUUCCUCGUCGCUCUCAGAGAAAAGGUUGCUCAAGAUACACAAAUGUGAAAGGAGUAAAAAAAGAGGAACAAAUAAAGCAAAAUCAAGAAUGGGAAGGAUAUUCAUAUGACAUAAAGGAGCCUCCAACUCCAAUUCUCUCUCUGCCAAAAUUCAAUGCUUACAAGUCUAAGGCUGUUGAUGAGGAUCUGUAUAAAAUCCCCCCUGAAUACCUCCAUGUCAAACCUAAAAGGAAGAAAGGAUUAGGGCUGUUUUCAAGCUGUUUGCUGCCUGUUUGUGCUUGAUUAAUCUUUGGAUUAAGAGAUAAUUGUUGUGUUCGAGCCUAUAAAAUGGAAGAGCAAAAUCAAGUAUUUUUGGCACUAUAUUAUUAUGGACAAUACAUUGUUCUUGAGCUAGUUAGGAAGGAUACAAGUAAUGAGGUGUUAGUAUAAGUUAUUAGAAAAGAUACAUGAGUUUGUUUGUAAUAUUGUUCUUCCAAUUGGCUUAUCUUGUAAAAAGAAAAAAGUUGUUCAAGGGAAAUUUGAAGAGUGUUUUAUUUGUGCAU